AACCGCAGCCAGAGACAUCUCACUCCAUAGCCAAAACCAGGAGCACACAUCAGCGUCGCAUCCAGUAGUUUUCUUGCUCCGCCGACGUCGAGGCAGGCAAGGACGCGACGCAAUCGCCAUGGCGCCUCGCAGCCGGCUCCUCGACCUGGAGAGGCACGACGGCGCCUACCCCCGCAGCGACGACGCAGGCGCGGCCGCCCACGCGCUCGUCUUCUGGUUCUGGCCAAUCUUCCUCGUCGCCGCCCUGCUCCUGCUCCUGCUCCUCCACCUCGUCGCCCCGUUCCCGCACGCCGCCGCCGUCUGCGCGGGGCUCUACGUCGUCGCCUACUGCUUCCUCCUCAACCGCGCAGCGCGGCCUUAAUUAUUCGACCCUUGCUUCGUUCUUCCGCCCGGCCGCGGCCGCCGGCGCCCUCUCGCCGUACUGCUUAGUGGCUAUACGAUCGGGCAGAAAUCGUGAGUUAAUAGGAUUUGCGCAGGUACCAUGCAUCUUCCGCAAUGAUCAACUUGAUUAGUCCAGGAACAGGGUUGCUGAUGUGGAGUGUAGCCUUGUCCGUGUCCUGCAGUGUCCUCCCGUCAACAUCAGGCAACUUCGAGACUUGGAAAUAAUGCACAAAUUUGACAAAAUGUUCAUAGAUAAUCUCGCAGCGUUGAACCUGGAAGAUGAAUGGCUUGCAUUGUUUGCUUUCCAUCA